ACCCUGCACUAGUUAUUGCCCACGAUAUUGACCAGCGCACCCGACGCGGCCGAUCUGUACGCCGAAAUUUGUACGAGGCACCAGGCUAUCGAUAUCGUUCAGUUAGUUGCACGUACCAAUGGCUUGACGGUCGACUGAAGAGGAAUCUAGAGGAAUGAGAUGAUCUGGGUGGCCGCUCGAUGCGCCUUCGCGGCGCAUCAAGCAAGUUAGCGUGGGAGAAGGGUCGGUUCCUGCGAGAUGGACGCCCCGAGCGGCGAGGAAGGAACUGGAUGGAAGCGGUGAUCGAGCCGGCCAAUCGCUUUUCGCGGGCACAUGGCUCUGUUGCAUCUCCCGCAACGCCCACGACCCACAUCAUCACCAUGUCCGUCAAUUCACGCUUCCGAGCGCAACCAUCUCCUCCUCCUCCUCGCCUGCCUCCUCGCCGCCGCUCCCGCCCCUGCUCACGGCCGUCAUGUCCUCCCUCCUGCGCUUUCCCCGCCGCAACCACAACGAUCACCUGAAGGAGGAGCACCUCUCGCCGCUACAGAGCCCCAGCGCGGCCGCGUCCUUCACCGAGAGCGUGCGCGAGCGGCGGCUCUCCGCCCUCUCGUUCAUCAGCGAGAGGUUCACGCACAAGCCCAAGCUGAGAUGGCCGCGCACGUCCAUGCGGGGAAUGUCUGCGGGCGGCAUUGGGCAUAUGGUCGACUUCCCGGGCACGUACUCGAGGGACAGCACGCCCUCGCCGACCGCGUCGCUGGAGGACAUCCAGAUUCCGGUCGGGCUGGGGAGGAGGGCGAGCGAGUCGGAGCUGCAGCCGCCAGACACACCACAGGAGGAGAAUGUGUUCUUGUCGGUACCUAAUGACCAGCGGAACCGGACCCACAGCGCACCCAGCUCGAGCGUGUCACGGACCGUCAAGCGCAAAAGUGUCCCACUGCUCUCGGACGAGGAGUGCCUUCGAAAAGAUGGGCCAGCCAUCUCGCGCAUGCCCACUGACCUUCUCACAGUCCUCUUCUCGUAUGCGACACGUCGGGACGUGCUCUCCCUUACUCGGGUAUCGAAGGCGUUCUCCGCUGCCGCCCUCCGUGCACUGUACGGCCGGCUGGAUCUGCGCGCGUUCUCCUCCGAGCGCAUCGACCGGUGCGUCAACAUGCUCGCCUCCAAUCGCGCCUUCGCAGGGUAUGUCCGUCAUUUAGCGUGCGCCAUGCUUCCGCCGCCCGAUGCAGCGCUGAGCGCGGUCGCGUUUGCGAUCGCAAUCACGAACAUGCACGCACUCGAGUCGCUCACGCUCCCCGACUACGACGCACGCUUCCUCACCCACACGAGCUUCCGUCUGAAGCGGCUCCGGAUCAUGUCGGAGUUCAUCGCGCCCGACGACUGGAAGGCGCUAUGGGCGUGGCUCGCGAAACAGCCCGAGCUCACUUCGCUCUCCUUCCCGCAUCUCCUCCAAAAUACCGCCGAGUGCAACCUCCCGCCUCCACCGGUCGAUACCCCGCACACGGACGCAGACGCGACCCUUGAUACCCUGCCUGAAGAUACCCUCGCGCAGCCUGGUGCCGGCCUCCUUCCUUCGCACUUCCUCCCGCGCCUUGCGCACUUCCAUGGGCCCGCCUCGUUGACCGCUGCAAUCGUUCCCGGGCGUCCUGUAUGCUCCGUGAAGCUGCAUGUACACACCACGUUGUACGAUGGGCUGAAGCCGAGCGCGAUCAUGGGCGCGCUCACGCGUUCCCGCACGAGCAUGACACGGUUGGUCGUGUCCGUGUCGUUGACCCAGGUGGAUGCGCGCACGCUCGAGAGGGUAUUUAUGUCCGCAGGGUCGGCAUUGGGGAGUCAGCUGGAGGUGCUGGCGGUGGAGUGGGCUUUAGACGACGAGGUCCUCUACAAACAGCUCUCUGCAGUUCUGCCGCGCUUCCGCACGCUGCACACCGUCCGCCUUCGCCGGCGGAAAGUCGAGCUCCCGCGCAAGCUCGCGAAGGCGCUGAACGCGUUUCCCUCGCCGCCUGAGUCGCCCAUGGAGCCCACCCAUUUUGCGGGAGCUGCAGCGGACCCUGGCAUUCCACCGCCCCGUGCGCAGGAGAGGGCGCACCUGGCGGUAUGGGCGAAGCAGUGUUCCACUCUGAGGACGGUUUUAUUCUUGAGCGGAGCGGAGUGGAGGACGGGGGGCAGGGGCGGGGCGUAUGCGCUGCCAGGGGAGAGGCCGUUCAUGAGUGGCUUUGGGUUUGUGGGGUUCGUGUAUUCGUAGACAUCGUGAUGUCGGGUGACACGCCCAAACAUCCAUACCACCUAAUUUUGUCCCCAAGAACACGCGU